AUGCCCAUUAUUUCUGUUUCAGGGAACAGCACAUCCAGCACAGAAAAGCAGGGGUUACUUCCCCUCUCUUUACCAGCUUUGAGGUAUGCUCAACCCUUUAUUCGCCCUCUCUGACUCACCUGCCCACCUUCUUGGCCCCUGUCCCUCUCCUGUAAUUCUCUCCAACUCCCUGCCUACCAGCUCCUUCACUCUCCCUUUGCCCAAACAGGCCUUCUCGGAGUAGCAAAGCCAGCGGCGGUUAAGGGGGCGGGACGGGGUCACGACUGACCUUUUUACCAACGGCCACUUCGUGACAGAAUUUAUGCGGGGCCAAGAGCGCCCAGACUUCGCAGGGAGGGAGCGGGGGUUCCUCCGUUCUCCCCCCGCCCCCCGGAGUUUUUCCAAGUGCCGCUGCCUUCGCUCUCUGAGAAAUUAUUUCCUCUUCCCUUGCCUCUGCCUUUUUAAAAGAAACAUAUUGGCUGCACGUGACGCAGAACAGCCUCGUUUCCCCUCGCGCUCCCGUUUGGUUGGGUGUAGCGGCCGUUGAGGCCCUUCGGGUUUGGCUUCCCUGCCGCCUCCCUUCACGCAGAAAGGCUGGAGGAGAGUCGGGUAAGCCCGGCGGCGCUUCCUUGUGGUGAUUAUGGACGUGGAUGCUUUUAUCUUUCUCUCUCUCUUGACGUGUCAAGGAAAUGCUCGUGGGAGAGGCGGAGACGGUGUCUUGCCUGCGCAUACCUAGGUUUAAGAAAGGGAAUGGCAAGGGUCAGGAAACGCCUGUGUCGAAAGAAGAGGGGCAAGCAGCAGCAAGCAGUGGCGUCCUUUGCAAUCCUCAGCUUCCCCCCAACGUCUUUCCCCUCAGCCCGGCACCCUCCCAGCGCCGCUUUCUCUCGUUUCUUUUGCCAACCCUGGAGUCACAGUGCCCCCUGACGGUUUCUGCUGAAAAGUGCAGCACUGGCUCCUUAAACCAGUGUCCCUUCACCUUCCUUAAAGGCUUCUUAUUGAAAUACAGUAUAUUAUGCGUUCCCCAUACCCACCCAUCCAUAGCAGGGAUGCUUCUUUGCUGGAAGCCCGCCAUACGGGAAUCAUUCCAUGCAUAGGCGUUGGAACAGAUACACUUCCCGUUCUUCACACACAGCAGUGCAUAGACAACUUCCUACAUCAGAUUGCAUGGUAAGGCAUUUAACUUCAAGGUCCACUUCUACACAUAGCAGCCUACUGCUCCAGGAAAAGAUACAGUGAACUCCUUCCUCAAUAGGAGUUCAUCAAGAGGCUCUCUUGUGUGUCCCAAUUUUGCACCUGACUGGAGUGACACUGGGCUCAAGUUUUGGAAGCUGCUGCCUAGGGUGAUGCUCUUGCUGUGCUAGGUGAACACUAUCCUUUUUGGGGAGGCCUACAGCUUGGUUGUUUCUUAAUGUCAGUUUGUAUUUUUUUUUAUCUGCUUGCUGGCAUUCUGCUGCUUGUUUCCUUUUUGAUGAUUUUUUUUAAAAGCAUCUGUAUUAUUGUGAAAUUGUGUAUGCAGUUUUUCUACUGAUCAUCUUGAACUUUUAAGGUGAAUUAGAAGUACAUUUUGAAAUAAUUUGGAAACCUUGACAUAAUUUAAAACAGUUCACAGAAACUUGUUUGCCUCCUUCCUUGUUGUUUGUUCUUUCUUUCAUAGGCUCUUACUCCUUUUAGGUGCAGCUGCACUUUGCUGAAGUUGCAAUUUUUUUCUUUAGUGUUGUUGGUUGACCCAAACUAGUUAAAAAGAAUAAUUGGGACUCUGGUAGGAUAAAAAUAGACGAGAAAAAUGCUAUGCAUUAGACACUACUUCCACUUCAGUAUCUUUAACAAUGUAUGCCUAGUCUCCAAGGCCUUUGUUUUAUCUACGGUACUUUGUUUUAUCAAUGCAUUCCAUUUCAGUAACGGUGGUAAUACUUCAGUGCAUCCUAAUGGCUUGGGGUUCUUUUGUGCGCAUUAAAAAAAUUAUGGAUGACCCAAAUGCAGACAUCUGGUCCAAGCUGGCAAAAGCAGGAGCAAAUCCCAUGUGUGCAUGCCUACUCAGAAAUAAACUUCACUCAGGUGAGAUAUUCUAGAUUACAAAGCUGUGUGCAUAGUUAUCUGUGUUUGCUUCCCAAUGUGGUGUAGUGGUUAAAAGCAGUGGACUCGUAAUCUUGUGAACCGGGUUCGCUUCCCCGCUUCUCCACAUGCAGCUGCUGGGUGACCUUGGGCCAGUCACACUUCUCUGAAGUCUCUCAGUCUCAUUCACCUCACAGAGUGUUUGUUGUGGGGGAGGAAGGGAAAGGAGAUUGUUAGCCGCUUUGAGACUCCUUAAGGGGAGUGAAAGGUGGGAUAUCAAGUCCAAAUUCUUCCUCUUCCACCUCCUCCUCUUCUUCUUCCCUUAUGGUCAAUACUGUUACAGAGUGCUGCUUAUCUAUUGAAUAAACUAAAAAUAUGUCUUACUUAUUUAAAAUAAGUUGUAUGGAAACUUGUUAAGGAAAGCAAACAUUUUUAUCAGAGGUGGCUUCCAAAUGGAUGGUUUCUGUUGCCAUCCCAGCCAUUGCUUUUCCACUGUAAGCUGCAAAAGGAAUUGUAAUUGAUUUUCAACACUAUCAAGAGAAUGGUGCUUCUUCUAUUUUCAACACUAUCAGGAGAAUGAUGCUUUUUCUAUUUGUCCACCCCACUAUGUUCUGUCCACAUCAGUGGGCAUGAUGUAAUUGCUGUGAGUGAGACUAUUUGAAGCUCAGUACGCAUUCACUGUAUUGUGGUGGGUGUUACUUUAUGACCCCAUUUCUUUCUUUAUUUUAAAAAUUAGAAUAAAACCCUUUUCCAGCUACACUUAAAAAGUGAUAAGAGCAGUACCACUGCUUUGAAUCCUCCUUAGAGUUGCUUGUCUGCUGCAGUCUCUAUUGAACUUCAGGCCCCAGGAUAGCCAAGCUCUGAAUGAGCAGUAGUUGGUGUUUUCAGUUUUUCUCUAUUUUCGAUAUGGUAGAAUUUUUAUUAUUGCGGUUCGUUUUAUGUAAGAAUUUUUGAUCCCAGGACAGGUUACCUCAUUAUUAAAAAUAAACAAUUCUAGCAAAUUAAGAACAGAUAAAAGCAUUAAUAAAAUUAAACAUAUUUAAGUCAUAGUAAUAAUAGUUGCAGUAGUGGCUAAUAUGCCAUAAAUGACCAGUCAAACAGGUAUUUGCCUUUCACCAAGCAUUAGCACCAGAUGUUUGUCUAGGGAGGGUAUUUCACAGCCAAGGUAUCAUCACAGAGAAUGCCCUAUUACAUGACACCACCACAGAAGAUGUUUAGUUCCUCCAUUCUGACUAUACCUUCUCCUCAGUAGCAUAGGAAGAGAGGGGUGGGGCGCACCAGGCAUCAUGGCAGUUGCUGGGCGACAUGGGUGUUGCAGGGUGGCGGAGCCAUUGCCUAUCCCUCAAGGAGAUAUUGCCCAAAAAAGCUAAACAACUUUGGCCGGUCUUCUAAAAACAGCUCAACAACUUUGGGCAAUCUCUUUAAAAAGCUCCGCUGCAGGGUUGCUAUGCCGCAGCAUCUCCUGGUAACACUAUAUGCAACUGGGAGAUUACAGCCACAGAUAAUAAACUAAGGCACAGUAGUAGGCUCAUCACACGCUGUCAGACAGAAGACAGUAAUGCCACUAUAAUACUUUUCCUGUCUGGUUCUCGCCCUAGAUAAUGGUCACAAGCAUGCCACCUGCAGUCCCUGGCUUACAAUUCUGUAUCUUGACUGAUGGCGGGGGAAGCCCUUGUCCCUGUACCUUCCUGAAGUGACAACACAAAGAAAAAAAAUUCCCCUUGUGUCAUCCCCUUUGGAGAUAACCUCACCAUGGUUAACUCCAUGGCAGAGUCUAUGCUUAUGCCCAGAUGGGCUCUGGACCACACCCCCACCCUAGCUGCAUCCACUUCGCAACUUUAUAUUAUCUCAUAAUACACAGCAAUGAAGCAAUGUAGAGUAAAAGGCAUUCUUCACCUGAGCAAAUGUUAGUUAUGAAAUCCCCCUAAGCUGUUUUAUAUUCUACUUAAACUGAAGACCUGUCAAAACUAAACUGCUCUAUACUGCCCUCAAGUAUCUGCAGUGUACACUUCUAUAGAUGACUCCACAGUAUUGUCUGUGAGUAAAAAUGGUAAUUUAAAGGCCAGUGGUUGUAAACACUGAAAGGUGAGAAGGGAAAAUAUAGUAGCUUUACUCUGUAAGCCACUCAGGAUGAUCUUUUAAAAAUACAGAGGAAAAUAUUGCAGUUCUACCACACGGCCGUGGGGCAACUAUGAAAUAGAAAUCUAGAUUUUCAGCAGAUUUUUAAUAGGCAUAGUGGUGUACAUUCAAGCACUGUUUACACCUAUUAAUGAAAAUGUCAUAUAACCUCUAUCCUAAUGAAUUAGAUGCUUUUAAAUUUCAGAAAAGUGUGUGGCAUAA